CGGUUUCAGUUUCACUCAGUCACAUGUUCUGGCAGUCUAUCAGCCGGCGUUCAGCCAGAGUCGCAAAUUUCUUUGACGGCAACGAAUGUGAGCCUCAUUUCAUCUUCUAGCUCCGAUCCGGUUGUCUGGCUGUUCGGCUGCCUGACGACCCAUUUUAGGCUGGUUCGGCUGCCAUUAAUGCGCUCUGGAAGGCGUUAA